GUCCAUUCGUGCUAAUUAAGUUGGGGAAGCGUCAAGUGGAUUAGUAAAUAUUUGGAGUGUGAGUGGGAGCAAAUAAAUAAACUAUGGAAUCAAAGUUGGAAAAGGUUCGAGAGUUUGCUACGUCAGAAAAGGCUUAUCAACCCCCAAAAGAAGUCAAUGCAAAAAACUCUGCUGACAUUCAGGAUUUAGAUGAAAUCAAAUUACAUGAACUCAGAGAGUGCUUCAAUUUAUUUGAUUUAAAUAACGACGGAUUUAUUGAUGCAAAUGAUUUACGUGGAACAUUCCAAACGAUGGGAAUGGAAGUUGACGAUGAGACCAUUCAAACUAUGAUGAAAGAUGCGAGCCAACCGAUGAAUUUUGACAGUUUUGCGAUGAUGAUGUGCUUUAAAACGAUGGAUUGUGAGCCAGAAAUUGUUUUAUUGGAAGCAUUUUCGAAAUGGGAUGAGCGAAUUCAAGGAGUUAUUAGUUUAGAAAGAAUUCUCACCAACAUCACAAGCUAUAACAAAGACCGAUUAACAAUUGAAGAAGCUAAGGAAGCGUUGGAAGAUGCACCAACCGUUAACAAGCCAGGUUUUAAAGGUCUUCAAGGUCCAACAGAUUGCUGGAUUGAUUAUCUUCUGUGGAUUGAAAAAUUGGCAGGAUUCCGCAAGCCAAAUAUGAGACAAUAUUUUGAUACUUAAAUUUUAUUGUCUAAUUUGAAUGAAAAUUGAAUUUCCAGAUCUUGAUUCUUCGUCAAAUUAUUUCUUCUCUUUUCUUUCUUUUGAAAUCCCUUCGAGAUUAGCUUCAUUUUUCGUAUGGAUUGUAAUAGGGUUUGGAUUCACUUGACUUGCUUUUAACAGUAUUGAUGAAUAAAUUAACGAAUGGAAAGAUAUGACCAGAAGAAUAUGGCCCAGUCGUGAACUUUUUCGUAGUCCUUACUUGUUCCCUUCGAGAAAUCUACAGAUAUUUAUCUAAUUUAAUAAGAAUUUCCAUUAAAAACUUUUCCAUUCAUAAAAAUAAAUGUUCACGUUUAAAGAAAAUUCUUCAACUUUCAUCUGAACGAAUUUUAAAUUUCCAUCCAUAACUUGCGUUGUAAGAAUUUUCUCGGGAAAAAUCAGAAGAAAGGAAAUUUUGCCACAGAAUUUGCUUGAAAUAAUUGAGAUCUUGAAUAUUUUCAUUAUCAUCUUUUAACAUUAAUUUAGAGCGAUGAAUUGUUUCUUCGUAAUUAUAAUUUUCAAUUAUUUCUUAAUUGCAAAAGCAAUUCACAAUUCUUAACAGUUGUGUACGUAUUUAGAAUGUUAAUAAAUUUCAGGAAAUGUUAAGCGACGAUGUCACCUGACUUGAAAAACACUCUCGAUCAUUAAAAAAAACUGCAAAAGCUGCGUGAAAUUGAUUCUCUCUCAUUAAAUAAAUUCUCGUCGAUGCUGAAAGAUUCUUGUGACACGUUUCGAUGAUAUUUUCGAUAAAAGUUAUUUUUGUAAUAAAGAUGCAAAACUCAUA